AGUGAGUUGGAGCUGUUGGAGGGAGCUGGACCGGCGGCAGCAGUAGAUGCUGUCCCAUCAUCAGAUCACACCCAACGGAGCUGCAGCGCACCGCUCCUCCGGCCGAACACCAUGACACCCGGAUUCAGGAACGCAGCCUGAGCCGCACUGAGGACCAAACCCCCGGAGGACCGCGAGCACACGCACACGGUCACGUCUACACGCACGCGGGCACGCUCACGCGCGGGUCAGCGACGCCGAAGAUCGCAGCGACCCACCGGCAGAUACCCGCACGAACAGGGAGGCGAACUCCAGCCGCGCCGCGGAGCUGUCGCUGCAGAGACGCGUCCCGCGAGAGAAUCGAGUCCGUGAAAGUCAUUUCACGCCCACGCAGAUUUUAAAACAUGUCAUCUUCGGGCAAGGACGCCAACAGCGGGCAUUACGCCAACUAUGUGGGACCCUACCGGCUGGAGAAGACGCUGGGAAAAGGACAGACAGGUCUUGUGAAGCUGGGCGUCCAAUGUGUCACAGGUCAGAAGGUCGCCAUAAAGAUCGUCAACAGAGAAAAGCUCAGCGAGUCUGUUCUUAUGAAGGUUGAGCGGGAGAUUGCCAUUCUGAAACUCAUCGAGCAUCCCCACGUUCUGAAGCUCCACGAUGUCUACGAAAACAAGAAAUACCUGUACCUGGUGCUAGAACACGUGUCCGGAGGUGAGCUUUUUGACUACUUGGUGAAGAAAGGCCGACUGACCCCCAAAGAGGCCAGAAAGUUCUUCAGACAGAUCAUCUCAGCGCUGGACUUCUGCCACAGCCACUCCAUAUGCCACAGAGAUCUGAAGCCCGAGAACUUGUUGUUAGAUGAGAAGAACAACAUCAGAAUAGCGGAUUUCGGCAUGGCGUCUCUGCAGGUCGGGGACAGUCUGCUGGAGACCAGCUGUGGAUCUCCUCACUACGCCUGCCCGGAGGUGAUCAGGGGAGAGAAGUAUGACGGGAGGAAAGCAGACGCGUGGAGCUGCGGGGUCAUCCUGUUUGCACUUUUAGUAGGCGCGCUGCCGUUUGACGACGACAACCUGAGGAACCUUCUGGAGAAGGUGAAGCUGGGAGUUUUCCACAUGCCUCACUUCAUUCCUCCAGACUGUCAGAACCUUCUGCGAGGAAUGAUUGAGGUGGAUGCCACCAAACGGCUGACGUUAGAGCAGAUCCAGAAGCACACGUGGUAUCUAGCUGGAAAAAACGAGCCUGAGCCAGAGCAGCCAGUUCCGAGGAAGGUGGCCAUCAGGAUGCUGGGUUCGCCCGAGGAGAUUGACCCAGAUGCCCUGGAGAGCAUGCACUCCCUGGGCUGCUUCAGAGACAAGGAAAAACUGACCAAAGACCUGCUGUCUGAGGAUGACAACCAGGAGAAGAUGAUCUACUUCCUGCUGCUGGACCGGAAGGAGAGAUACCCGAGCCACGAGGACCAGAACCUGCCACCCCGUAAUGAGAUCGAUCCUCCUAGGAAGCGCGUGGACUCGCCCAUGCUAAGUCGCCACGGCAAGCGGAGACCCGAGAGGAAAUCCAUGGAGGUGCUGACCGUCACAGAGGGGGGAUCCCCUGUCCCGGUGCGACGAGCCAUCGACAUGGCGACCCACGGUCAGAGCAAAUCGGUUUUCAGUAAAAGCUUGGAUAUCACAAACGCUAACUGCAGCAAGGAGGAAAGGUCGCGGUCGAUCAGCGGAGCGUCCUCUGGUCUGUCCACCAGCCCCCUCAGCAGUCCCAGGCCCCACCGGCGGUUUUUCGUCCCGCCCCAGUCCCCCGAUCUGUGUCAGUCCCCUAACUGCAGCCCCACACACUCCCCUGAAGUCCGCCUUAAUGGGGUGGGUUCACGCGCGCCCAACUCCUACCAGCCAAAGAUGGGGUCCCCCCUCAUGCAUCCACGCACGCAGACCCUCCCUGCCAAGCCCAAAGUGUCAGAGAAGCCCCUGCAGACCACCAGGUCCAACCCACUCCCCCACACGGCUCAGACCCCCAGCACCCCUAAAUCUGAGUCGUCCACAGCGAGCCAGUCCCUCGCUCCCUGCGUCCCCAAUAGCCCCCGGACCAGGCGACACCCUCCCCUCACAGUCCCUCCCAAGUUGUCCAUCCCCCUUUCCCCAGUGCCCCCCAUGUCUCCCCUCCGUCGCCACCACUUCCACCCUGACCACAAUGGAAAAUCUGUCCCCAUCACGCAGGUAACCCCUCACCCUUCCCCUAGAGGAAGUCCUCUCCCUACCCCAAAAGGCACACCUGUGCACACACCCAAGGACAGCCCGACUGGGACGCCGAGCCCCACGCCACCACCGAGCCCCUCCAUCGGCGGGAUGCCGUGGAGGACGCGCCUCAACUCCAUCAAGAACAGCUUCCUGGGCUCGCCGCGCUUCCACCGCCGGAAAAUGCAAGUUCCCACCCAGGAGGACAUGUCCAGCCUCACCCCAGACUCAUCUCCAGAGCUGGCUAAGAAGUCGUGGUUUGGGAACUUCAUCAACCUGGAGAAAGAGGAGCAGAUCUUCAUAGUGAUCCGAGACAAACCUCUGAGCUCCAUAAAGGCCGACAUCGUUCACGCCUUCCUCUCUAUUCCCAGCCUGAGCCACAGCGUCAUCUCUCAGACCAGUUUCCGAGCAGAGUACAAGUCCACGGCCGGCCCGACGGUUUUCCAGAAGCCAGUGAAGUUCCAGGUGGACAUCACGUACACGGAGAGCACCGGCGCCACCAAAGAGAACGGCAUCUACUCGGUCACCUUCACCCUUCUCUCAGGUCCAAGUCGGCGUUUCAAGCGUGUGGUGGAGACCAUCCAGGACCAGCUUCUCAGUUCCAACGACCAGCCAGGCAUCCAGCCACAGAUAUCCGGCAGCCCGUUGAGUAACUUCUUUGACGUAAUUAAACAGCUUUUUUCAGACGAGAAGAACAUCCAAACGUCGCACUCCCCAGGCGCCCCUACCUCGACUAGCUCCCCCACCAAGCAUGCCCCUGGCAGCAGGCCCACCCUGGCCCCACCCAAUGACUCUAAAUGCCCCCCAGGCAAAGACAAAACAAAGAUGGCCGCCAGCAACAGGACACAGGAACACCCUUAAGGAGCCGUAGCUGUGCAUGACUAGAUGAAAAGCAGUAAUCAGGUCAUUAAGAAGCAGAGAGCGGCUAACUUUACCCUUUAGCUCUGAGUGAAAGUUAAAAUCUACUUUUUGCCUAUAAAUUUUGUACUGUAUAAUGGGAAUGGCUCCGUUUAAAAGUCGAUCAGUAUUUUAAAAGCUAGUAGCAAAUGUAGCUUUGCUGUCCCUCCCUCCUUGUGUCCCUCUCUGUGUCCUCCUCACAUGUGUGAUGGCUUGACUUGUCUCUGCCACCAGGGAUCAUCCAUAAUAGCUAUUAACCUCGACGGCUCCUCAGCUGCAGCUCACGGCCCGCCACCACCAAACCGAGCCCAACGCUGAGGAAAAGGCGGAGGACGCCUGUUUGAGUUCACUUCGCCCCACAUUACCAAACAGAAACCAUCUCAGAAAAGUUGAAAAAAGGAAGAAGAAAAAAAAAAGGCCUUAAGACAGUGAUGUUUGUCAUACCCCCCAUCAGUUUUCCCACAUGUACAUAAAAAAUUACAAAACGGACGUCUUUAUGGGAUAAUCUGACUUGAUUCGGUGGAGUCGGGCGGAGGCAGACUGAGGGACGAACACGGGCUGGAUGGUAGUUCUUUUAAUCGUUGAGUUUCUUUGUGAAAGACUAAACUUCUGAGGACUUUCAGGAAACCCAUUCUGGCAAUUCGACGGCAUCCCCGGAAGUAAAACGUGGGGCAGUUUGGUGGCGAAAUAAAAAUGAAUGAUCUCUUCUGUUGUACAGACCAGUUAGUGAUCUGUGUUUUCAUUACGUUUUAAGUCGAUCUGUAUUUAUGUUCAGUCGUGGUCACACCAGAAGGGAAAUCAAAGUUUUCUGUGAAAUUAGUGCAAAGCUGCAAUUUUUAAAACAAAGACAGGAGGAAGUGAUUGUGGUUCUUUAGCUGAACGAUUAACUGUCUGAUGAAAUGCUCUCACUGUGUGUUGGCGCUAACGUAGCUGUUGGUACUGUUAGCGUAGCUGACGUCGCUCCAUCACCUGCUGAGAAGGAGAACUAAAUAAGAUUUACGACUGAUGGUACCUUCAUGAACUCGGCCUGAAAUGCAUCGUUUUGCAAAAUCUUUCUUCUGUGGCAAUAACACACAAGGAUUUUGCCGAUUCUAAAAGAGGAAUUUAAGCAAAAUCAGAUAUAGACUUUGUUAACCUGCAGUCUAGAAUUCAAUGGUUAAUUUCAGAGAAACAUUAACUGUAAUAAAAAGCUUUGAUGAAUGCAUUCUUGGAUUUUGACCAUCGUCUGGUCUAACAUCGUUAAAGGUAGAAUACCCGGCGUUCUGAUUCGACAGAUUAUUUUUCCCAGCGUAGUGCUGAAUGCUAGACUAUUAUUGGCUAUUAAGAUACACAUGAUGCAACAAAGCAUGAAUUAAAUGUCCUUUUAUGCAGCUACAGCUGGUGCCCUCUGCUGAUGGUUUAGUAGAAUGCAACUCUAAGACAAACUUUAUACCAUUUUAUUCUUAUUAGUAGCAUUUAAUUAAUUUUGGUGUUUCAGAGCAGACUGGUGUGACCACACUGUUAGUAAAAUGUUCUUGUUAUGUUAUUUUGCACUUUUGACAGCACUUCAGUUACAUUUAGUUAUUUAGGUUUUUUUGUAUUAUCUGCAGGUUUCAGACAAUACUGAACUGCUGCAAAUAUUUUUCUAAUUGAUUACAUUUUUCAUGCGCUAUUUAUCAGUUAUUUAUAUCAAAGAUGUAGAGAAUGUUCCUGAAAUCAAUUAUUUAAAGAUAUUUUUGUUAUUUUUAAUUUAUUUUUUUUUGGCCAAUAUUUUUCCCUGUUUUUUUUUUUUUUUUUUUUGAAGAGAGAAACUUUGUAAUAUAUGUUUGAAACUGAUUUGUUGUAAUUUAAGAAUGUAGUCUUAGCCUCUUUGGGAGGACCACGUCACCUCCUCCUUCCUCCCUUUCUGUGCGUAUGAAGACUCAGAGCUCACCAAACAAGUUUCCUGACGAGCUUAUUUAAAGACAUUUAAAGAGAUUUCUGUUCUUAGCUUUGACCUUGUACGGUUGUUUGCAUGUUCAGCAUUCGUCUUUUCUUUGCAUGUCGCUGUUGAAAUGUUCACCUGUUCCCCUUUUCUGUCUGGGCUUUUAUGCAUUUUUUAUUGGAGUUUUGCAUUAAUUUUCCCUUCAGAUUUUGUAUUUUUUAUAUUAUUUACUUUGCCAGUCUCUUCUUUCCCUUUAUAUUUGAUUACUGUGCACACAGUACAUUUGCAAAGCAUCCUCUUCAUUCAUCCUUCUCGGAGAAGGACCUCGCCAGCGUUGGAGGCGCUCACUCGGGCCAGCUGGGUGGGUCAUCAGAGAAAACUUAAAGCAAUACCUUCCAUCGUUCGCUUUUUCUACUGUGGGAAUCCAGAGCACACUGAACGGACUCGGAGCGGUACCACUGAGCAGGAUAACCACUGGCAAUGUAUUCCCUUGUGAUGUUACUGUGAACAAAUUCAGUGCUAAAGGAAUAAAUCUGUUGACUUUCA